CUGUGUCGAGCGGUGCGAGGCUCACGUCGCCAUUCUGGAUAUUUUGACGGGAAGGUCGGUCACGUGACGCGGCGCGGCGGCGGACGGCCGGGGGAGAGGCGCGCGGGGCGGGGGAGGGGGGGACGGAUCGAGGGGCGGCGGGAGGGGGGCGCCGGCAGUCGGCGGCUAGACUCCCCAGUAGCCGAGCCAUCCGUCUGCCGCGUCGACUGUGGAGAGUGGAGAGAGGAGAGCGGAGCAGCGAGCUCGCUGUACGGAACUCGCGGAGACGACACGGCCGAGGAGGAGAGCGCGGGCGGCGGCGGCGUGCGCGGCAGACAUGGCCGGGCCGCCGCGGGGAACACACGCGCCGUGCGCGCCGCGCCUCCCGGGACCGCGCUAGACGCCCGGCGGGCCGCGCCCGGCGACACCAUGGACGUGGUGACGCCGCACAUCACCUCCGUGCUGAGGACGUACCAGGCCAGCGCGCCGCGCAGCCUUCAGGGCCCGGGCGGGGCCGCUGGCGGGCCGGGGGGCGCACGCUCGGUCCCCGCGCCGCCGCCGCCGCCGCCGCCGCCCCGGGCCGCGCCACCCAUCCUGCUGGCCGCCGACCCGGUGCUGGGCGAGCGCGGGGAGACGGCCCUCGAGGGCGAGCCCAUAUCCUGCUUCAGCGUGGGCGGCGAGCGGCGCCUGUGCCUGCCGCAGAUCCUGACCUCGGUGCUGACGGACUUCACGCUGGAGCAGAUCAACAGGGUGUGCGACGAGCUGCAGAUCUACUGUUCGCGCUGCACGCCGGAGCAGCUGCACGAGCUCAAGUCGGAGGGCGUGCUGCCUCGCUCGGCGCCCUCGUGCGGCCUCAUAACGCAGACGGACGCCGAGCGGCUGUGCGCGGCGCUGCUGCACGCGCCGGCCGCCGCCUCCCGCCGCCUGGGGGGCUUCCGCGUGUACCACGAGUGUUUCGGGGGCGCGAGCGGCGUGUGCUCGCCGGAGCUGGGGCUGGUGCAGUGCGCGGAGUGUCGCGGAGUGUUCGCGCCGCGCCGCUUCGUGUGUCACUCGCACGGCACGGAGCACCGCACGUGUCACUGGGGCUUCGACUCGUCCCGCUGGAGACGGUUCGUGCUGGUGUCGGAGGAGGAGCGGGACAAGGAGGAGUGCGGCGCGCUGCUGGACGACCUGGCCGCCAGGGAGCCCGCCGCGCAACACACACACGCCGCCGUCAAGCAGCACGCGCCGCUCAAGAGGAAACAGGUGGUGGAGACGAUAGUAUGCAAGACGGAGCCUCCCGAGUCGCCUCCAAAGAAGACGCGAGGCGAGGAGUACAGCUACGCGAUAUACUUGGACCCCUACGCUCACUUGCGGUACCGGCCUUCCUUCAGGCCGUGGGGCAAGCGGGAGCCCGAGCUGCAGCACCCCGAGCGGGUUGUCCGCGUCGCUGACUGCGGACGAUUCGAGCACGACUUCCAGCCGAAUGUCGCGCUGAAACCGCUCACUCCGCCUGUAGAUGACGUCACAUCCUCUACGUCACCUCCGCCCUCAGAACUCACCGCGCGUCUACUCGACGCUGAGGCCAGGCUGGCGGAGAGAGAGAGGCAACUGGACGACCGGGAGGCGGAACUCGCGAGACGAGAGCUACGACUACAGGAAAGAGAGAGGGAGAUAGAUAGAAGAGAGAGGGAGAUGCAAGAUAAUCACAAGCCCUCGGAGCCUUGUUGA